AUGACUUUAGAAAAGUUGAAGACUUUGAUAGAAUCACCACCAGCAUGGUCACAAUCAGAUGAAAAUUCAAUAAAUCAACCAUACAAUCACAUUGCAUCAAACCCGGGAAAGAACUUCAGAGCCAAAUUAAUACAUCUUUUUAACCAGUUCUAUUUGCUAGAUGAGAAUAUUAUACAAACACUCACUCAGAUUGUAGAGAUCCUCCACAAUUCAAGUUUGAUUAUCGAUGACAUUGAAGAUAACUCACAGUUGAGGCGUGGAGUAGUCGCAUCACAUAUGCUCUAUGGUGUACCCAUGUCCAUUAAUACUGCAAACUACAUGUAUUUUGUAGCAAUGGAUUUACUUAGAAACCUGUCUCAUGAUGCAGUAACUUCAAAUGAUCUAAUGAAAAUAUUUAACGAGGAACUUCUAUAUCUUCACAGAGGCCAAGGAUUGGAUAUAUACUGGCGUGACUCCUUACCUAAGGUUGUACCAACAGAGGAAAUGUAUUUCAACAUGGUUAUGAAUAAAACUGGUGGACUCUUCAGAUUAACGCUUAAAAUCAUGGAACGCUUAAGCGAAUACUGGCAGGGUCAGAAAUCAUUAGUUCCAUUGGGAAAUUUACUAGGAAUUAUAUAUCAAGUUAGAGACGAUUACUUGAAUCUUACUGACUCAUCGAUGAUCGAAACUAAGGGAUUUGCUGAUGAUAUAUCCGAAGGUAAAUUAUCUUUUCCAAUUAUACAUGGCAUUAAUUAUGCUAAAAUACAUGAUCCGAACAACACAUUGCUUUUAGAUAUUCUAUGCUUAAAGACUAAAGAUGAGAACUUGAAGAAGAAUGCCAUACGAUACCUUUCAGAUUGUAGCAAAUCCUUUGAAUACACAAGCAGUGUGCUGAAAAAAUUGACGACCUUACUACAUUCGAAUUCGUACUUUCCCGAUGUAACUAAUGACUCUACCAAUAGCCAGACAGAAGCUAUAAAACAAGUAUACAACAUUAUGGAAAAGCUAGCUAAUGUGUGA